GAUUUCCAGGAGACUUGAAUCCAGCUCUACAAUCAUGAAACUCAUCAUCUUGUUCGCCCUGUUUGCGAUAGCCAUCGCCCAGGAUAGCUAUCCCACCAAGUACGACAACAUCGAUGUGGAUGAAAUUCUCAGCUCGGACCGUCUCUUCAAGAACUACUUUAACUGUCUGAUGGAAGCCGGACCGUGCACCCCGGAAGGAAACGAGCUGAAGAAGUAUUUGCCGGAUGCCAUUGCAACGGGAUGUUCCAAGUGUAACGAGAAGCAACGCGAGGUGACGGCUAAAGUGGCUAAGUUCUUGAUCGAGCAGCGCCCGAACGAGUGGAAUUCUCUGCGAGGAAAGUAUGAUCCUGAUAACACUUUCGCCGAAAAAUACAAGGAUGAGGCGGCCAAGUUCGGAAUCAAACUGUAAACACGUAUGAAAGCAAUAGCUUUGUGUACUGUCGACUAAAACUUUUUGCCCAAUGAAUUUGAAUAAAACGAUUGCAUAAUGAGACUCCUUGUUUUGUUUUUCGAAAAUCUGGGUUUAGAACUUAGCGAAAUUCGAAAUAUUUUCCGAGAAUCCUUGUUUGCUUAUUCGAAAUCGGAAAGUAUUUUUUAAAGUUUCACAAGGAAAAUCACUUC